AUGGAUCAACAUACAUCGCAGGCGGCUCCAACAUUUCAGCCGGUAUCACAGCCGUCUCGAUCAGUUUACUCAACAUCUCAUCCAGCUCCGAUGGAUCAGGUCAAAUCACAGUCGGCGCCAGCAGUUUACUCUACAUCACAGCCAUCUCGGUCAGUUCACUCAGCAUCACAUUCGGCUCCAACAAAUCAGGAGUCAUCACAACCAGCUCCAACAGUUCAGACCGCAUCUAGAAAGCAUUUUGGGAGCCAUUGGACUGUAAAAGCAAUAGCUUCAUCUGAUCUCUUUUCUUAUACAAAUUCAAAAGAAAAUGUCAAAAAACUCAAAGUCAAAGUCAAAGAAGUGCUAAAUUUAACGUGUGAAGAACGUAUUAUGGUUGAUUUUGAUUACCUGGAUAAACCAUUUGGAGAUGCACGAGGCCUACUUUCAGGAUUUUAUGGAGUUUUAGUGUAUGAUUGCACUUUAUUUCCAAUCCACUGUGAGAAAUGGUCGAGUUUACCUAUGCCAUACUUCAACCGCGUCUUCGAUGAAAUUAUAAAGCCCAAGUUCUUCUUUAAGACAACCGAGUCAGUUGCGCGGCAAUAUGUUUAUAUGUCUAUUGGAAAGAAGUGGGCUGUAAAUAAGCUUAACUUGUGGAGUGCAUCUGAAGACCCACUUAAAAGUAGAGCUGAGAUUAUUAAUAAUGUGUCGGAUAGAAUUCUGCGGGAUCAAUGGAUUUCUUUUGUUGAUUACUAA